AUGCAUUCCGGCUCUGGGGAAUGUGGCCUUAGGGCCCACCAGGUCCUGUGGUGCUGCCCGCAGACAUGCCCUCUUCCUGCUCUCCACAUCCCCAGGUAUAAAGACAGACACGCUUCGCUUGUCCCUUUUGCUACUCCUCCCCCUCAGCUGCUUUUCUCCAGCCUCCUCUUCAUCACUGUCGUUCUCUCUCCAUCCUCCCUGUCUCUCCCACAUCGCUUCACAAUGGCUGCCAAUCCUGUCGCCAAUGGACUCUUCAUCCACAACAACUCUACCCCCCCUGAGGACUCCAGCUUGUUUAGCCUCUUCUCCCUCAAGGGCAAGACUGCCAUCGUCACUGGUGCCGGUGCUGGUAUCGGCUUCCAGGUAGCCAACGGUCUCGCGGAAGCUGGUGCAAACGUCGCCAUUACCUAUCACACCAACACCAAGACUCCCGAGCGCGCUGCUGAGAUCGCCCAGAAAUAUGGCGUGCAGAGCAAGGCCUACCAGCUCGAUGUCAGAGAUGCCAAGGCUGUCGAGGACACCAUCAACCAGAUCGUCAAGGAGUUCAACGGCCGUCUGGAUGUCGUGAUUGCCAACGCGGGUGUCGCGUGGGUUAAGGGUCCCAUGGUGGACGCCUCCAUCGACCACUACAACGAAGUCGUCCAGGUCGACUUGGAUGGCGUCUUCUACUGCGCCCGCGCGGCCGCUGCCCACUGGAGAAGACAGAAGGAGGAGGGCACCGACAUCAAUGGCAACAAGCUCACCAACUUCACCUAUGGCAGCUUCGUCGCUACCUCGUCCAUGAGCGGACACAUUGUCAACUUCCCCCAGAUGCAGGCCGCCUACAACGCUGCCAAGGCAGGCUGCAGGCAUCUCUGUAAAUCCCUUGCCGUCGAGUGGGUUAGAUUCGCCCGUGCCAACACCAUCUCCCCCGGCUACAUCGCCACGGAGCUCUCCAACUUCGUCCCCAAGGAGACGAAGGAUAUCUGGAAGGACAAGAUCCCUAUGGGCCGCGAGGGUCUCCCCCAGGAGCUCAAGGGUGCCUAUCUCUACCUUGCCUCCGAUGCCGCCAGCUACACUACUGGUGCUGACAUUGUGGUUGACGGCGGUUACUCCCUCCCCUAG